CGUAAUUCUAUUUUUAGCAUCAGUUGGAUUGUGUAAUAAAUUUCACAAAUCUUUUUUAAUUUUGAUAUCUCUGGGUUUUACCUUACGGUUUUUGGCAGUCCAUAUAAUCCCGGAAGUUAUAUUAAAUUCGGAAAUGUCGGUUAAAUUAAUCUGCAAGCCGGAGUUUUUCCACCGUCGACUGAAUUCUCAGCUUGGUUUGAAUGUUGCGGUUGAACCCGGAACGACCUACUUCUUGUGCAGUGGUCUGGAGGAGGUACCUGGGUUAGUAAGCUCGCAGAACUCCGCAAGUCUAACGGCAUUGUCAGGAGAAAAAAAGGUUCAGAUUUUAAUCUGUAAAGAGAGACCAGAUGAUAUAAAGACAUCUUUGCAGACGGAUGCGAAAUUUGGAACAGACAGUACAACUAGUGUACCAGAGGAAAGCAUUUUAUCAAAGACAACAUCACCAUUGAAAGAGAAGAAAAGCAGUGAUGUAGGCAGAGUCAAACCAUCCAGCACUUGCACUGUCACUUCAACAUCUGACCAAGACGCUGGAAAUCGUGAAGAAACUAAUCCAUGGCCAUCAGCUGGCCAGUCCAAGGUUGAAGCCCCAGUUAUUAAGCUCCCAUUAUACACUUUGAGCAAUCUAAGCCCGCAGUCGCCAGUUGUUUCAAAGAGUACAAGUAUUCACAUGCCAUUCACUUCUAUUCAUAACCCGAUGCAAGGAGGGUCUGUGACGGCGAAUGCCGAAAAAAGUUCAAACUUGCCAUGUCAAGCAUUGAGGCACGAACUGAAACAGGCAAUCUUACAGAGACGUAUGAUUCAAGGAAAAACGAUGAUUGACUUAAUGAAGGAAGAAAAUCAAAGGCAGGAAGCCGCACAGAAUAUGAAGAUGUCAGAAGAAGAAAUUGAAAAGAUGAUUAAGAGACGCGUCUCAAACAACCGAGCUGCAAGAAAAUGUCGAGAAAAAAGGAAAUUGGAAGAGGAAAGUUUGACACAGGAGGUGAAGAGACUGAGUGAGCGUAAAAACGCACUGAAUGCAAUUAUAUCGACACUGGAACAGCAGCAGCAAUUCCUGAGAUUAUGGGCAACUGGAUCUGAAGUUGACGAUUCAGUUUCAAACGAAAAGCUGAGAUCUAUUCUCAACUCCGAAGUUAAAAUUCCCGAACUUCCUCCUCGGACAGAAUUCAAAAUGGAAGAAGAUUUGUCUAAUAGUAUUAUAAUAUCCAGUUCGGAAUAUAAUUCGGAUGAUACCAGAAAUGGGUUUGAGUUUGACAGUAGUCAGGACACAAAUGAUACUGCUGACUCUGUGGCUGUAGGUUACACAGAAAUGACAGUUGAAGAAAUAAACAGCAUUGUGUCUGAUAACUUUGGCAGUACUAAAGCCAAUUUAGUGGAAAAAGAUGAAAGAAAUUUUGGAGAGAUACACAUUAAAAGCGAAGACGUUCAAAAUAACUCUGAUAAUGACUCUGAUGUUGAACUUAUAGAAAUAGACAGGCCAUUAAUAAUUGAUGUAAAUUAAAUAUUUAUUUGCUUUUGUAUAUUUGUGUUGUUUGUCUGUCUGUCUGUUUUGAAAUUGUGGUGUAGUCUUCGUAUUCUGUAUCUUGAAUUAUGUGUAUUCUAUAUCAUUAAUUAACUUUAUUAAAAGAUCUUAUACAAAGUA